AUGGCAGAUGAACAGGAGCUUUUCUUGAUCGAGUUUCUCGUCGACAAAGUCAAAAUUCCGGUAAUAAGAGCCAUGCAAGACGAGUUAUUACCAGCUUCUACCUGCGUCUCAUUCCAAAUUCUCAACCUACCGCCAGUUGACAUUUGCCAAGAAGUCCUAACAGACGGUUGUGGUUGCUCCGAGGGCGAUACCCAAGUUUUCAAGAAGGGCAAAUCUUGUUUAUUUGCAUUACCAUCGAUGGUUCUUCAAAGACCUUUGACCACCUUUCCCAUAAAAUUGUCCGUUUAUAAGAAACUACCGCCAGGAGUACUACCGGAUGUGUUGCUGGUCGGUAGUCACCAGAUCGAGGCUAAGGCUAUAUUGAAUGCCGCAUUGAGUCAGCACGUCUUCAAAAUAGUGAAUCCCUGUCAAACGAUUAAAAAUACGUUCAAAAUUACAACUGUAACAGGACAGUGCGUCGGUCACGUGACAGUUUAUAUAAGAGCUUCCUGUUUCGGCAAGAAGAUCAUCACCCAGUUUCAAAUUCCGCAUAAUAGAAAACCGUAUCUUUUCAAAGGAGCGGACGACAGUCCUGUUUUUCAGUGCAAAAAGAUACCCUCUGAUUGCUACACGCCAACCCCAUUGAAGUAUACCUGUAUGAGGAAGUGUAUUGACGGCAGUGGCGAGUCUGCCGGAAGAACCUGUUGUCCAACACCGGUCAUUCAGACAUCCCCGUGUCCGCCAUUGCCUGACAAGUAUAAACAGCCCGAUUAUGGUCCACGACCAUGCUGUCCCUCGCGUCAAGGAUCUCCUAACUGUCCCCCGUGUUCGCCAAAAGCACGGGGGAGAGAUCAGUUAGCAGCCACUGUUGGAAUAUCGUCGUGUUGCUGUUCACAAACUGGUCAAGUAUUCAGUGGAUUACGUGCUUCCGGUCGUCAACAAACGAUCUCAGAAGGAAAAUGCAGUCCAUGUGCACAACCGGAUCCUUGUCCACCUUGUUGCGGUGCUUCCUCUCCGAUGGUGUCGAAAGGGUAUAAAAGGCAUGGCGAUUUAUUUGGCAAAGAAAGCACGAAAAAGUGCGGAUGUCCAGUGAAAGAUUACACUUGCAACUGUCGGACAUCUAAAUGA